AUGCUGCGCUCAACCCCACUUACCUCUUCUGCCCACUCCCUCCGUCGUUGCUUCCUUUCCUCCCUCUCCCUCCCUCUCCCUCCUCUCCCUCCCUCCCCCUCCCGAUCUCCCCCGCAGAUGGUAGCCAAUUCCGACGCCGCGCCAGGCGGCAGCAGCGGCCACUGGAGCAGCGGCCACAGCAACGGCAUCCGCGCGCACGCCGCCUCCACCUCCCCUUCCCCCGCGCCCUUAGACGCCCUCGCGCCGGGCGACCCCGCCAGCGUGCCCAACAGCGGCCACCACAGCGGCCCUCACAGCGGCCACCACCAUGACAGCAGCGGGCGCUACGGAGACCGCGGCGGAGCUCCCGCGGGCGGGGGGCACGCGCGGGGAGGCGGGGGGGGAUGGUCGUCGGACAUGGACAACGAGGGCGAGGCGGGCGGGAUGGCGAUGGCGUACGACAUGACCAUGCCCGACGACAAGCACGGGCUCACGUCGGGGCUGGCCUCGCCGCUCAUCCACAGCACGCGCUACGAUGACGACCUUGAAAAAGGGGGGGUUGGCGGAGGCGCGAGUAUCAUGGCGGGGGGCGCAGGGGGGAGAGUGGGCGGUGCGGAGCCGGCGCGGGCGGCGGGGGCGGCGGGGCGCGGGGCGACAGAGUUUGGGCGGCGGACGAACACGACCAAGGACGUGCGGGAGCAUGUGAAGUCUGUGAUUCAGCAGAACGAGGGGCUCACGCAGCCCUUUGUGGUGCGCAACCUCACGCUCACCUACUUCCUCACCGUCGCCGUCGUCAUCCUGCUGUCCCUGGGCGGGCAGCUCGCCGUGCACUUCGCCAUCCAGAACAGCAAGAGCGACGCCACCGUGGUCAACGUGGCGGGGCGGCAGCGCAUGCUGAGUCAGCUCAUCUCCAAGGACAGCCUCGAGAUCUACGUGCUGCGCACCGACAACCGCAGCGUGGCUUACUAUGUGAGCGAGCUGAGCGAGCGUGCGGCGCUGUGGAACAAGUCGCACUACGGGCUGUGGCACGGCAGCCCAGAGCUCAACCUGCCCGGCACGGGCAACAGCGCCAUCGUGAAGAAGAUUGAGGAGCUGACGCCGGCGUUCCUGGCCAUGUUCUGGAGUGCGCGGGGCAUUGUGGAUCUCAACCCGGACAACAUCACGUGCCCCUCGGAGCCCUGCGAGCAGCUGAAGAAGCAUGUGGACACGAUAAUGGAGAACGAGGCCUUCUUCUGGAAGACGCAGGACGCCAUAGUGCUCAUGUACCAGGAGGAUGCCGACACGCACACCAACACCAUCCUCAUCCUCUCUUGGGUGCUCCACAUGCUCGUCAUCGUUACCCUCGUUCUCGAGGGUGUUUUCGUGUUCCGCCCCGUGCUGCGCCACAUGCAGUCGCUCAUCAACGAGCGCUUCGCCCUCCUCCAGCGCAGCCUCGUGUCGGAGGCGGAGAACAGGGGGGUGUCGGUGCUGAUGAUGGGGUACAUCAGCCACGAGCUGCAGCAACCCCUCACCUCGCUCUCGCUGCACCUCCACCACGCCGCUGCCGCCAUCGCCCGCCUUGCAAUCUUGCACCCCAAGCCCCCCACCCCUUCCCUCCUUUCCUACGUUUUUGCCUCCCUUUCCCUCCCCCUCCUUCCCUAUGCACUGGGCAUUGAGCUGUUGAGAGAGGAAAAGUUGAGGAGGCAAAAGUUGAGGGUGCUGAGUGUGGUGGCGCCGAGGGUGCCGGAGGGCGUGCAGCUGCGGGUGGACGUGGAUCCCAGCAUUGAGGCGCGCCAACUUGACAAGCACCGCCUCCAGCAGGUGCUGCUGAACCUGGUGGACAAUGCCUUCCGCCGCACGAGCGAGGGCGUGGUGGUGGUGCGAGUGAAGGAGGGUGCAGCGGCGCACCUGCUGCGGGUGGAGGUGCAGGACUCGGGCGAGGGGCUGAGCGAGGAGGAGCGGGCGCGCAUGCUGGAGCCAGUCAUGGACUCCAGCGGCGUCACCGAGGGCGAGGGGGCCGGCCUCGCGCUCUAUGUGGUCAAGCUGCUCGUCGACCUGCAGGGCGGCACGUUUGGCAUGGAGAGCGAGGCGGGUGGCGACAAUCUGCACUGGGUGGAGCUGCCAGCCGCCUCCGCCGGCCCGGUGCCGCCCACUGGGGUGACCCACGACCGCCCCGCCAUCACGUAG